AUGCGGGGGGCGCAGCGGGCGCUGUGCCUGCUGCUGGUGGCCUCGGCCUCGCUGGCAGCGCUGUACCUGCACCUGUGGGCACCCAAGGGCCCCCCCACUGUGGACCUGCGUCGCCCCCGCCCCGAGCGGCUGCCACCCCCUCUGCCCCCCCCUGCCCGCGCCUACCCCCACGUGCCUUUCCGCCUCAAGGAGGAAGUCAUGGAGCUGCUGCCCAGGAACGGGUGUUCUUGCGAGGCGGAGGCGGAGGCGGGGCUGGCGCUGCCGCUACGGCGGCGGCUCUUCGGGCCCGGCCCGGGGGGGCUCGACUUCGCCAGCGCCUUCGCCCCCGGGGAGAGGCCGCGGCAGCUGCGGCUGCGGGAGCGCGAGUACCGCAAUUACCGGAACCGGGUGCAGACCCCCGCCGACCGCCUGCUCAUCGUCCCGGCCAACUCCCCUCUGGAGUACCCGGCGCAGGGGGUGGAGGUGCGGCCGCUGCAGACGGUGCUGGUGCCCGGGCUCAGCCUGCAGGCGCCGGCCAGGAACAGGUACCAGGUGAACCUGACGGCUUCGCUGGGAACGCUGGCGGUGGCGGCCGAGGUGGAGGGCGUGGCGCUGCGAGGGGAGGGGCAGGCGCACCUGUCCCUGGCCGCCGCCCACCUGGACCACCUGAACCGGCAGCUGCAGUUCGUCACCUACACCAACACCCAGUUCCACCCCGAUACCGCCGACAUUGCCCCUCCUCGCCCUGCAGUGCAGUUCUCCACCGACGGCCACUCUGCCGCCUUCGCCAUCCGCAUCCGGCACCCGCCCAUGCCCCGUCUGUACGGCCCGGGAACCGCCAGCGACGGCGACGGGGACAGUGACAGUGACAGCAGCGGGGACGGGGGGUACAACAUCUCGGCGCUGGUGACAGUGGCCACCAAGACGUUCCUGCGCUAUGACAAACUGCGGGGGCUCAUCGCCAGCAUCCGCCGCUUCUACCCCUCUGUCACCAUCGUGGUGGCCGACGACAGCCAGCGCCCCGAGCCCCUGUCUGGGCCCCACCUGGAGCACUACCUCAUGCCCUUUGGCAAGGGCUGGUUCGCCGGCAGGAACCUGGCAGUGUCGCAGGUGACAACCAAGUACGUGCUGUGGGUGGAUGAUGACUUCAUCUUCACGCCCCGCACGCGGCUGGAGAAGCUGGUGGAUGUGCUGGAGAGAACCAGCCUGGACCUGGUGGGCGGCGCGGUGCGGGAGAUCACCGGCUACACCACCACGUACCGGCAGCGGCUGAGCGUGCGGGGGGGCGGCGCGGGGGGCGACUGCCUGCGGACCCGGCCCGGCUUCCACCACCGCCUCGCCGGCUUCCCCGCCUGCGUCGUCACGGACGGAGUCGUCAACUUCUUCCUGGCCCGCACCGACAAGGUGCGGCAGGUGGGCUUCGACCCUCGCCUGCGCCGCGUGGCUCAUCUCGAGUUCUUCAUUGAUGGGCUGGGGGUGCUGCACGUGGGCUCAUGCGAGGACGUGGUCGUGGAUCACGCGUCCAAGCUGGCGCUGCCGUGGCGGCGCUCGGAGGGGGAGCGCCAGUACAACCGGUACCGGUACCCGGCGGCACGGGACGACAGCCUGCGCCUCAAGCAGCGCCUCUUCUUCUUCAAGAACCGCUUCAAGUGCAUGGCUGGCGACUAG